CCAAAAAAAAAACUCAGCUUUCUUCUUCUUUCUUCCUCCUCUCUCUCCCUCUCUCUCAUUGCAGUUGCAAAUUGAGCGAUGGAUUCCGACGGUGGCGCGUCGCUGCCAUCUGUCUGCCCCGACGCGCGGAAGCGGCGCGUGUCCUACUUUUACGAGCCAACAAUCGGCGACUACUACUACGGCCAGGGCCAUCCGAUGAAACCCCACCGCAUCCGCAUGGCACACAAUCUGAUCGUCCACUACGGCCUUCACCGCCGCAUGGAGAUCAGCCGCCCAUUCCCCGCCGCCUUCGAAGACAUCCGCCGCUUCCACUCGCCGGAGUACGUCGAGUUCCUCUCCUCCGUCGCGCCCGAGACUCUCCUCGACCACACGCACGCGCGUCAGCUCAGGCGCUUCAACGUGGGCGAGGACUGCCCCGUAUUCGACGGCUUGUUUGACUUCUGUCAGGCCUCCGCUGGCGGCUCCAUUGGCGCGGCCGUCAAGCUCAACAGGCAGGAUGCGGAUAUCGCAAUUAAUUGGGCCGGGGGUUUGCACCAUGCGAAGAAGAGCGAGGCUUCGGGGUUUUGCUACGUUAAUGAUAUUGUUUUGGGGAUUCUCGAGCUGCUGAAAGCUCACAGGCGGGUACUUUACGUGGACAUUGAUAUUCACCAUGGUGAUGGGGUUGAGGAAGCCUUUUAUGUUACUGAUCGUGUUAUGACAGUGUCUUUCCAUAAAUUUGGAGACUUUUUUCCUGGAACUGGGCAUAUUAAAGACGUUGGAGUGGCCUCUGGAAAGUACUAUGCUCUUAAUGUCCCACUGAAUGAUGGAUUAAAUGAUGACAACUUCCGAAGCUUAUUCCGUCCAAUAAUGCAAAAAGUAAUGGAGGUCUAUCAGCCAGAUGCUGUUGUUCUUCAGUGUGGGGCUGAUUCAUUGUCUGGUGAUCGGUUAGGUUGCUUUAAUUUGUCUGUGAAAGGCCAUGCAGACUGCCUUCGGUUUUUGAGGUCAUUCAAUGUUCCUCUUAUGGUUUUGGGCGGGGGAGGGUAUACAAUCAGAAAUGUUGCCCGGUGCUGGUGCUACGAGACUGCCGUGGCUGUAGAUGUGGAGCCAGAUAACAAGUUGCCGUACAAUGAAUAUUAUGAGUACUUUGGCCCAGAUUAUACUCUUCAUGUGGAACCAAGUAAUAUGGAAAACUUGAAUACGCUGAGGGAUUUGGAGAAAAUCAGGAACAUGCUACUAGAUCAAAUUUCUAAACUGCAGCAUGCACCCAGCACCCAGUUUCAAACAAUGCCUCCAACCACAGAAGUUCCAGAAGAAAGAGACGAAGACAUGGAAGUGAGACCUAAACCCCGCAUAUGGAAUGGGGAGCAUGAUUACGAGUCUGAUGAGGAUGAGAUUGACAAGCCUUCAAUGCGAAGCUUGAAUAGCGAAGAUACAUUUGGAGAAAAUAUAGAUAUAAGGGAUGGUUCUGACACAAUCAAGAUCGAGGAUACAUCGGAUGAACAAAGAUGAGUUUACUCAUCAAGAAUGAACUGCUCAAGGAAAUUUGUUUAGUCAGAGAGUCAAGUCGUCCUGAAAAUAGAUUAUACAGGAAGCGGAUGUAAAAGAAUGAAGUAAAAGAGAAGAUUAUUCAGUUUCUAAUUAUAGGCUGUGUCAAGUAUUUGUAUUAUUACUGAUGUUUUAUUACCGGUUAUUGUAAGUACAACACAUUGCAGCUGAUGUUUAAAGAAAGUGAGAAUUCAAGAAUGUUGAAUUA